AUGAUUAUGGAACAAAAGAAAAAGGGUGUGUUUGACAAGGAAUCUUCUGGUUUUAUAGACAUGUUAGAACAUUUCAAUUUAGAUAAAGCUCAUGUAAGAUACGUUAUUAAAAAGAUUAUUAAUAUUGCAAUAAGGUCAACCUACUACAUUUUUUGUUGUCGAAAUAAGAACUGGGUGAAUCCGGACUUGAUGAAACUUUAAAAUUUUUAUUGUAUAAGUAUGUAUUUAGAGUAAUAGAGUAAAUUUAAUCGUGUGUUAUAAAAUCAUUUAAUAGUAAUAUAUCAAGUUGCCAAUUGUAAAUUACCUGAUAUAGUGAGAUUUGCAGUUGUAAGUUUAGAAAAUUAAAUAAAGUUUCCAUCAAUACUUAUAUAAUGUUCUGAUUGAGCUUUUUUAAUUUAGAUACGACCCACGCAUCCGAACCGUCAAAGAAAUUAUUACGAUCAACAGUAAACGCAUCAAGUAAAACAAAAUCAAAAUAUGUGUUGGCUCCUGUUUGCAUCACUUGUAAGAAAAAGUCUCUUGUGACUGGAACAGUAAGUAAACGUAUUUAUACUGAUAAGCAUGUUAAGCAUAAUGAACAUGGUAACGAUGAUUUUUACCUAUUUGAUAGAACUCUCGAAAACAAAAGGAAGAACUGUUGGUGAGUGCAGAAACCAUUGACGGGGGAAGAUUGAGAGAAGCAGCUACGAGAAAAGGGGACGAAAGUAUCCUUUUACAAAUUGCUGACAAGGACUGCGCGGCAUUAGAAGUAAACUACCACAGACGGUGUUGUCAACGAUACACAAAAUUUAUAAGACGCACCGAUGUAACAGAAGGCUAAGUGCAAAUACGAGGAAUCCUUUAAAAAGAAAAGAAAAAUUAAUUGACAACGAGGAGAUUUACUACAUGAAGAAAAUUGAAGCGGAAUUCGUCAGAACUGUUGCGACAAUCGAGAACUGCGAUGCAUCGGGCUAUAGGAGAUUUCGCUUGAAGGAGAGGUUGAUAAAAAGAUUUUCCCAGCUGGUUUUCCAGACACCGUAAUGAACGCAACAGAAGUGAGAUAUCAUCUAUGCUCAAAGUAUCUGUCAAGGUGUCGUGGCGGAAUAUUACUUAAAUGAAGAAAGUGAAACGUCGCAAAGUGAGAUGGAGAGUGAAGAUGAAGUCUUGGAUGACCCGUUGUUAAAGAACCACGAAAAGGUGACUACACUGAAAGAGGUUUAUGACAUGGCCGUAAAAACCACGGGGCAGCGGGGACUUGAGCCCCCCUAA